AUGACUUAUUAUUCUUGUGAAACUGAAUGUUCGGGUACAUGGCAGAAUUUCGCUCAGGGAAAGCCAUGCAUCUUAGGAAUUGACGAAGCGGGCCGAGGUCCUGUGCUUGGACCAAUGGUGUAUGGGUGCGCUGUUUCACCAAUUGAUGCAAACGAAAGUUUGAAGUCUCUGGGAGUAGACGAUUCAAAAGCAUUAACUGAACAGAAAAGAGAGGAAAUAUACGAAAGAAUGGAUACUGAAGAAGAAGUGAAAACGUACGUUGCAUUUGCCAUCAGAUGUUUAUCAGCACAAUACAUUAGUAAUUCAAUGUUGAGAAGAGCAAAAUAUUCGUUAAACGAAAUAUCUCAUGAGGCAGCUAUCACAUUGAUUAGAGAUGCUAUUAAAGCUGGGAUUAAUGUCGUAGAGAUCAAAGUUGAUACUGUUGGCCCAAAAGCUACUUAUCAAGCAAAGCUGGAAAAAUUGUUCCCUGGAAUAUCGGUUACUGUGGAGGAAAAGGCUGAUUCCAAAUAUCCUAUAGUUUCUGCUGCUUCGAUUGCUGCUAAGGUAACACGAGAUCGGAGAUUGAAGUCAUGGACGUUUGUUGAGAAAAAUGUGAAAGUUCAUGAUGGUGGGAUCGGUAGUGGUUAUCCUGGAGAUCCUAACACGAAAAAGUUUUUAGCGAAAAGUGUUGAUCCAUUUUUCGGGUUUUCGAGUAUUGUUAGGUUUUCGUGGAAAACUGCGGAUGUCAUAAUUGAUAAGAAGUGUAUUAAAGCGACCUGGGAAGAUGAAGAGAAUUCAGGCAAUGGAAAGAUGAAAGGAUGGCUAAAAACAGAUGGCCCAUCCCAACGGAAGCAGCAUCCAUACUUUAACGAACGCUGUUUAGUUAACUCAUCUGCUUUUUGA